AUGCCGCGCUCUUUCCUGGUGGACUCCCUUGUGCUGCGGGAAGCCAGCGACAAGAAGGCUCCGGAGGGCAGCCCGCCACCGCUCUUCCCCUACGCGGUCCCCCCGCCGCACGCGCUCCACGGCCUCUCGCCGGGCGCCUGCCACGCGCGCAAGGCCGGCUUGCUGUGCGUGUGUCCCCUCUGUGUCACCGCUUCGCAGCUGCACGGGCCCCCCGGGCCGCCGGCGCUGCCGCUACUCAAGGCGUCCUUCCCUCCCUUCGGAUCGCAGUACUGCCACGCACCCCUGGGCCGCCAGCACUCUGUGUCUCCCGGAGUCGCCCACGGCCCCGCCGCGGCCGCAGCAGCUGCCGCACUCUACCAGACCUCCUACCCGCUGCCGGAUCCCAGACAGUUUCACUGCAUCUCCGUGGACAGUAGCUCGAACCAGCUGCCCAGCAGUAAGAGGAUGCGGACGGCGUUCACCAGCACGCAGCUCCUGGAGCUGGAGCGCGAGUUCGCCUCCAACAUGUACCUGUCCCGCCUGCGGCGCAUCGAGAUCGCGACCUAUCUGAAUCUGUCCGAGAAGCAGGUGAAGAUCUGGUUUCAGAACCGCCGGGUGAAGCACAAGAAAGAAGGCAAGGGCAGUAACCACCGCGGCGGAGCUGGGGCGGGGGCCGGCGGGGGCGCACCGCAAGGCUGCAAGUGCUCUUCGCUCUCCUCAGCCAAAUGCUCAGAGGACGACGACGAAUUGCCCAUGUCUCCAUCUUCCUCCGGGAAGGAUGACAGAGAUCUCACAGUCACUCCGUAGGUGCGCCUUUUAGAGGACCAUUGGUCCCCCCCUACCCCGGCCCUUCCCGCACUUCAAAGACUGGUUCUUAGGCUCCGGCUGCCAAUCGAUGGAUUGGUAGGGCUUUGCGGUGGUGCACAGCUCUACGCAGAGCUGAGAC